UGGCACCUCUCAAGCCGAGGCAGACAUUUUUCAAUGCAAGAUUUUUUCUUGCAUAAAUUAUGUUCAUGACGUAGUGUAAAAGGCCAAUUUUCUGGCAAUUUUGUCCGACUUUACAGCUCAAAUAGGAUUUUGUGAGACACCUCAAGGAUUUUUGAUUAUCUGAACUGUUGCAGAAAGGGCAUCGUCAUUAAAUAUUAAGAGAGAGGAGAUCCUAACAUUGCAACCCUCCUUAUCAAUGCAAAUACCUCUUUUGUGUGCAGUCACAGCGCCUGUCUGGGAGCUGAGAUGAAUUUUUAAUUAUGUGUGACUGAAACAAACUGUGACAAGGACCUUUAUAAGCGCGGGGGAUUACAGAAAAUAAGCUGUAUUUUCGCGAAUGCCAGGAAGACAGAGACUGUGGUGGUGCAGCCAGCCAUGAACUCUCAGGAUCUCCCUGCCAAAGAUGCCCCACUUACUGUCAAUGAGCAGGUCAUUGUGAUGUCUGGCCAAGAGACUAUUCGUGUGCUAGAGGUAGAAGUCGAUGCGUCUCUGCCAUCGUCAGUACCUGAUGGGAUGAGCGAAGGCAAAGCUGAGGAGGGAGUGGCUCAGCCUGCAGAGCAACCUGAGGCUGGCAGCACACAGGACGGCACCAGUGUGUCCCAGAGCCACGGGGGAGUAGUGCUGGGUGAGCAGCAGGUGGUGUCUAUAGAGGGGUCCUGCCCCGCAGUCCAAACGCUGACUCCUGCUGUUCCCGUUAGUUUGUCCCUGCCACAACCCCAGGCCGCCAUGCCCAUUACUGUACAGGGCUGUCCACAGGUCCUGACCCAGGAAAGUUUGGCCACUCUGAUGACUGGGAUGAUGGCCCAGACAGGGUCCCUGGGGCAGCCCCUACUCAUCCCCCUCAGUAUGGCGGGCGCCAUCGGUGGCCAGGGUGGUCUGGCUGUUCUCACUUUGCCUACCACCAAUGUAGCUACUCUCCCUGGGUUUGCAACAGCUAACGCGGCUGGAAACCUCCUUAAACUGCCCUUUGCUGGCCUCCAAGCUGCGACAGUCCUGAACUCGGUCCAGCCCCAACUGCACACAAAUGCACACACGAUGUUCCAGCCUCAAGCAGCUUCCAUACAGCCAGUACAGGUGACGUCUCAGCCAACACAUGUGACCAAUGCACAGGUCACCGCUGCUCAGGUGGCGGCAGCCCAGGCGACCACGGCCACCACUACUGUCUCUCAGUCCAACAUAUCUGUAGCAGCACUCCAGACUGCCGGACUCUCCAUCAAUCCUGCCAUUAUCAAUGCUGCUUCCUUGGGAGCUCAGCCCCAGUUCCUCAGUUCCCUCACCUCCACUCCCAUCAUCACUAGUGCCAUGUCCAACAUGGCUGGCAUCACCAGCCAGAUCAUCACAAAUGCCCAGGGACAGGUCAUAGGAACCCUCCCGCUGUUUUUGAACCAAGCCUCUCUGGCUGGAGGGGCCGCGACAUCCACCCUCCCCCUCCAGGGUCUCCAGGUCCAGACUGUCACCCCACAGCUGCUUCUCAACACCCAGGGCCAGAUCAUUGCCACAGUAGGGAAUGGACCUGCAACGGUUGCAACUUCUACUGCAGUUCUACCCAAAGCUGCUGCUCCAUCAACACUUACCAAAUCUAACACACAGGCUUCGGUAACAACUGUCAAUCAGUCACCAGUUGUCAUCGCCCCACAGCCGUCUCUACUGAAGGCCGCCACCAAUCUCUCCUCCACAGUACCUAUCACCUGUGGAGACAUGGCAAAAGUGGGCCAGCUUGUCAGCAAACCCCAGCAGGUAGUCAGCAGCGAGGACGGCAUUAAUCUGGAGGAAAUUCGAGAGUUUGCCAAGAAUUUCAAGAUCCGUCGGCUCUCCUUGGGGCUUACUCAGACACAAGUAGGGCAGGCUCUAACUGCAACUGAGGGUCCGGCCUACAGCCAGUCUGCUAUUUGCAGGUUUGAAAAGCUGGAUAUCACCCCAAAGAGUGCUCAGAAGCUGAAGCCGGUGUUGGAGAAAUGGCUGGCUGAAGCGGAGCACUGGAAUCAGAAAGGCCAGCAGAAUCUGAUGGAGUUUGUUGGUGGUGAACCAUCCAAAAAACGCAAGCGGCGUACUAGUUUCACACCGCAGGCAAUAGAAGUUCUUAACUCCUAUUUUGAGAAGAAUGCAUUGCCAACAGGCCAAGAGAUUACAGAAAUUGCAAGAGAGCUAAACUAUGACCGAGAGGUUGUGCGAGUAUGGUUCUGCAACCGACGACAGACACUAAAAAACACGAGCAAGAUCAACGUCUUCCAGGUUCAGUAGCGACCUCAUCCUCGGAGGCUUCGCCACUGAUCGUUUGUCGUUUUGGGAAGUUGAACAUUUAAUACAGCAUCACAGUUGUAGACUAUUGUAAAAAAGAAAAGAAUAUAAAGUUUUUGAGAAAAUGAAGGAAAAUUACACACAAAUCAAGUGUUACGAAAGAGUGGUAAAAUGAGUUAUUGGAUUUUAAGACUAUAUGUGUACACUACUUCUGUGUGGUGGGUACUCAGUCAAACUGCAUGGUCAUUUUAUCAUAUACAGUGAUAAUAAUACAUUCAUAAUAACAUGUCAUAUUUAAAAACAUUUGAUGAACUUUUAUACAAGUGGUUUUAUAAGAUAUCUCUCUGAGUGGCAGUGCAUUGAGUCACAUUGAUUUUAGUCACAUAAUUGUCACUUUGGCACAAUAGCUGACAAUACGCUGAAAUUUGAAUGACAUGCUUUUGCCACCAUGUAGUUUUUCAAAGUUCUACCUGCUCAUUUAUUUUAUAUUGACACAGUAUUUGCACUGCGUGAGCCGCUUUGCAAACCUAAAAAAGAUUCUGAUAGACAUGGAUUCUGUAGACUAAGCCGUAGCCUAUAACCUUAUUUUCAUCAGAAGUACUUCUCUGAGGAACGCCUAAAAUUACAUUCCUAUCUAUGGACUUCUGACUCUACAGCAAUUUUUGAGACAAUCAUCAUUUUGAUAUAUUGUAUUGAUAAUCACAAAGAUUAGCCUGAAAUGUGUUGUAAUUUCCUUUUGUUUGGUGUGAUACUUUUAUUCACUAGUGUGAAAUAUGUCACACUGUACUGUCCAUAGAGAGGGUAAUUUCUGAUGUUCCAUGGACAACAGGUUCUUAUGCAAAAUAAAGUUGUAGCUUCAGCUAUUGCCUAUGAUGUCACAACUGGAAACUCAUUUAAGUUGUUUUUUUUAUAAAGGUUGUUUCAUUUGUGAGUUACUGAAUGGGCAAAUACAAAUAUUGUACAUGUGGGUGGCACGUGUGUGUUGAUUCACCACAGUUUGUCCUGUUUUUACACUUUCUGUUUCUGAGUAUUUUGUGUUUCCUGUUAAUUCACUGUUGUGACUGUCCCAUCUGAUUUAAUGACUUGACAAUGCUUCCCCUGCAUUUUUCAUCUCAAGUUAGAGAAAGUGUAAUUGCAAAAUAGGAGCUUAAUUGGCCUUUUAUGAAGUCAACUUAAAAUAGUCUAAUGUUGCCUAGAAAUAUUAGUGCCAGAUACUUUUACUAAACCUAAUAUCAAUCAAAUUGAUUUACUGAAUUAAAAAAAUAAUGAACUGUUCAGCCAAGUUAAUGGUUUAAUGUGUUAUGACUUUAAAUUGUAACAAGUUAGAAGAGUGUUUGCAUGUGCAGUAUGCAGUUAUUUUCUGUAGAAACAAUACUAUGGCGGUUUUCUUAAUCUUUGCCAAUUCUUCAAGAAUUAUUUGCACUUUAGUGACAGCAGGGAAAGUGAAGGGGUAAUAAAUGGUUUAUGUACAGUGCAAGGCUUCAGUUAUGUGUGUGAGAGAAUUUAAUUUCUGCGUUUUAAUGUUCUUGAAACAGCAAGAAGCUUUGCUUUGCAAAAUGUAGCAGUACUGGCAAAAUUGCAAUCAUGAAAAUGAUAGUCAACAUCUAUCAUUAAUGUUAAUGUACUUUUUAUGCAGAUGAAAUGUAAAAUGCUGCAGAUUAGAUAUACGCUCUAAUAUGCAUUAAUGCAAUUGAGUUUGUGAAUUAAAUGGCGGAUUUUAUGGUCCAACUCAUAUUUACCUUUUGAAUAACAGUAGAACUAUAUUGCAGUGUACCUAACCAUAAAAAUAAUGAAUAUUGCAAUGGUCUUGCUUUAACACAUGUUUUAUCUUCAUGUUCAAAAUGGGAAAACAAUAUAUAAUAUUGUUUAAUAUACUAAGUUAUCAAUAGGGAAAAGAAAAAAGAUAAAUUAUAGUUAUAAGAUAUCUGCUAUUUGUCAUUUGACUCUGCAAAGCACAGAAAAGGUUCAGGUCUUUGUGAGACAAGGAAAAAAGUGUUUGUCCUUUUCUGUCAGAUAAAUAAAAUAAACCCUGUCUUUAUUAAUCAC